AUGCAGAAAGUCCUACGGAUAAAUUUGAAUGCCCGUAACCAAGCACUGAAGAAGGCUCGCCGCGACCAUCUAAAAAAUACUAGAAAGAAAUGGGCACAGCACGAUGACCACCUUGUCUACCAACUACGUGUGACACGGAACAUGGUCAAGACCGAGCGGAAAGAACGACGUGAGGACUGGAUUGCAGGACCAUUAGCUCCGAAGAGAGAUGUCGGUCUGAAGCGUGGAAAAUACGGCACCUUCGACUCACAGUUUAUGCAAAAUCCAGAAAUCCCCAAUGCCCUCUCAGACUGGCCGACGAGUAAAGGCGACGAUCUGAUCGGUGACAAUUGGAAAGGCAAGGGCAACCGUGGAAACCUUGUAGAAGGGGACCGCGUGUGUGUGAUCCGAGGGCCGGAUGCCAUCAAGGGCCAGAUUGGAAAAAUCAAGGAGGUAUUUCCGGAACAGGGGACACUUACCAUUGAAGGGUUGAACACAAUUGAUCUUGAAGUUCCGGUCGGCUCGGUUCAACAACAGCGCAGUCCGUUCGUAGCUAUGCCCCGGGCGAUUUCAAUCGAUGAUGUCCGUCUCGUCUACCGACAAAAGGAAGAAGAUCCCAGAACAGGCCAUAUAAUACGAGACCGCGAUGUCCUCGUCGAUACCAUUGUAGGUGAUGGUCCCUACGUCCAACGAGAACCUGGAUCCCCUUUGCCUCGCCAUACCCGCUACGUGUCUGGUUGCAAUAUCGAGAUCCCUUGGCCUGAAGUUGAUGUUCCGGCCAUGCGAGCAUUCCCGGGUGACACUCGCCGUCUAGAACUGGAAAAGAGAACAUAUACGCCCAGUGUUCAACAGGAUCCGCUACCACAACUCUCGAUUAUCGACGAGCUUCGCCCCAAAUACCGGAUCGAUCGGACGGCUCAUGAGUUUGAUUACGUGCGCAGAAAGAUCGUCGAGGAUGCACGCUCGAAAUGGUAUGAAGACCGUGGCAUCGACACACCUGCAAUGGAGCUGCGGCAAAGAAUGAGAGAGAAGAGUCUCUUAAGGGCUGAAGAGCGAAAAGGUGCAGGUGUAGCUGCCAGAAUACAGAUUCUCCUCGAGGAAGGACGACUGACUGCAUUCCUCCCGUCAUAUCGUCAGAAGCUACUACACAGUUACAAGGGCCAGGGUCUCCAUCAUCCCGAGCUUCACGCUGACGUCAAUGCACUGGAGUACCAGAACAAUUCUCUCUCAUCACUAGUGGAUGCAUUGAAGGCAGAGGUCUUAACAGAGGAAGUGCUUGCUAGGCGUGCAGCAGAGCAGCCUGCUGAAGGCUUGAAGGAUAAUGAAGAAGUCAGUGAAGAGGAUGUGCAGGGUUACUUGGCUGAUUUGAACAAAGAAUUCGUUGUCCAUGACGCUCCCGUAGAGGAAAAAAGAGUACGCAAAUGA